AUGUCUGCUCUCCCGCGACGUUAUCGGUCGUCCACAUCGGCCUCCUACUCGACACCCACCAAAUCGAAAUCUCUCGAAGUCCUCACUGCUCUGCUCGAUGGCGUCGACCCGGCGGCGGGACCGCGAUGCGAAGACGGAUACCCCGAUGCCUCAAAGGUGAUUAAGGGGCUUCGGCAAAUCGCCCAGCAUGUUGGUGUGGCCAGCAACUCCAGCCAUCAAGACGAUUUUCGACACGCUCGAGGCUUCGAGCGAAUACUAGAUGUUUUACGUGCCUUCUCAGGCUUCUACGAUCCGAAGAAACGAAGCGAUGUGGAUAUGUUAUUAUUGUUCACACUUCUGGGGGAGUGCUUGACCGUGUUGUCUGCGGCUCUGCGGGACCAUGCUGGUAACAGACGUUUCUUCCGUUUCAAGGUUGAGGGUGGUGGUUGGGAGUCUCUGGAGCAGACUAUCGCAAGUAUUGGCCUUGGCGGAGCUGAGCCUGACCCAUGGAUUAGCUGCCAUGUUUUCGGGAAGCUCCUUGCAUUUGCUCUUGAUGACGAAGGUCCAGAUUUGCUCUGUACCUCCAUUGCCAAGACUCUCCACUCAUCCCAAGACGACUCGCUGGACGGUUCAACGGGGGAAGUAAAGGACAACUCGAAAUACACAGAUGCUGAUAUUGGUGGGGAUGAACAAUGGGACCUUGUUCUGGCCAAGUCGAUUGAAAAUAUCGGACCAAACGUACGGGAGAUCAUUGAUGCCAAGACUUUUGUCCGGCAUCCGGAGAUUCUCAGAGUUGUUGUGAGCUUCUGGUCCGCAAUCCCAAGGACGGUGGAAACACCACCGACGGCCGCGUCUCUGAUUGUCCUUGAAAUCAUUUACUGUCUAAUGUCGGACUCUGUCCGCAACUGCGCUGCCAUCCAUUCCACCCGUGUGCUCUCUCAGUUCCUACGAGCCGUCUUCCAACCCGACUCAAAUCUUGGCCAGCUUGAGCGCCAACGGGUCUUGGAUAUUUGCAAACAGCUCAUGUAUCUUGGUGUCAAUGAGCCAGCAGAUACACAGUUUCUGCUCUCAACACCUGGGGCUGAUGUUUCCGACUUUUGCCUGGAGAUGACUUCCAAAUACUCGGGACCGCCUUUUUUCCAAUUUGAUCUCUCACUCCACGGAUACUCGUCGUUGGAGUUGGCUACAAUGGGCCGGUCGUUUCCACCACAAUCUGCUGCCGGAUACACGUUUACAGCUUGGAUCCGAGUAGACAACUAUGAUCCCUCUUCCCAUACUACUAUUUUUGGUGUCUACGAUGCUACUCAGACUUGUUUUCUGUUGAUGUAUCUCGAGAAGGAUACCCACAAUUUUAUCCUACAGACUUCAGUGGUCUCUAGUAAGCCAAGUGUUAGAUUCAAGACGGUUUCGUUCCAGACAAAGCUGUGGUACCAUAUUGCCCUUGUCCACCGCCGCCCUAAGACCAUGGUCUCCAGCAAAGCAUCUCUUUAUGUCAACGGCGAGUUCGUUGAGCAGGCCCGUUGCAACUAUCCCUCGGUCCCUCCCCUUUCCAACGCUAAGAAUGAAAGCUUCGCGUCCUUCAAUUCUUCGCAAAACCAAACCAACCCGGUCCAGGCGUUCCUCGGCACCCCCAGGGCACUCUCUGCCAAAAUCGGCAAGGGCAAGGUAUACUCUAAAUUAUCGCUUGCUUCAGCGCACCUGCUCGAGGAUGUACUGAGUGAUGACUACUUGGCUGUUCAUUUUGGUCUUGGCCCUCGUUAUCAAGGCAACUUCCAAGAUAGUUUAGGUGGGUUCCAAACAUAUCAAGCGUCUGCCGCUCUGGGCCUCAGGAACGAAUUUAUGAACCCCGGGCAUAAUGAGUCUUCGGAUAUUUUGAGAGCUAUCCGUGAGAAAGCGAGCAGCAUUCUACCGGAGAAUAAAAUCCUCCUGAGCAUAACCCCCUCCGCGACCUUCCCAGAGAAUGUGCAUUAUCUCUACAAUGGCCUUUUAAGGGCUUUACCACGCCCGGCCUUGCGGAGCCUGCACCGUAUUUCAAGCCAGGAAGGUGGCCCAUUAGCCGUCAACUCUGCUGUUGCUUCUAUUUCUGAUGCCUUAUUCCGGACUCACGGCAUUGCGUCUUUCCGGGGAAGUCCGAUUGUGAGCGUUCCUUCAUAUAUCGAUGAAGACUUGUGGCGUCUUGCCGGAUUUACUCCCCUUGCGUUGAAGCUUCUGGAGAGGGCGUCAACUGUAGAUGAGACCAUCCGUGCCCUUGAAAUUAUGUUUUAUAGUAUUCGUCAAAACUGGAGGAACAGCGAAGCGAUGGAGCGAGAAAACGGUUAUGGUGUUUUGAGCAUGCUUUUGCGCUUCAAACUUGGCUAUGCUGGUGCAGCCGCCAACGACGGGCCUGUAUCGCGUCUCUUCAUUUCAAACGCCGACAAGGACAGCCUCACCUUCCGGAUACUUAGCUUGAUCCUUGGAUUUGUGGGUUAUAUCCAUGGAUCACCCGUCGAAUCGUUCAUUGUGAAUCCUCUGGCUUAUCGUAUUCUACUUAUUGAUUUGGACAUUUGGCGGAGAUCUGCACCUCGGAUCCAGGAGCUUUACUAUCGGCAGUUUGUCACUUUCGCCGUCCAGAGCAAGCACCAUGCCUUUAACAGCAGGAGACUGGUUCGAAUGCGUAUCGUGAAAAGGUUGCUGGACGCUGUCAAGGGUGAGCCAAUCUCAGAAGAGACAGUCUCUCACUACAUGGCUGCAUUUGAAGUGCUAGUCAAGUCAAAUCUUAACCAAGAGGUCAUGCGUUCUCUCUCGUUGUUUAUCACAUACGCCUUCCAUUCACCCCCGAUGUCCCUUUCCCGGACGCCCCGGCCACUGUCCGCAGUUUCUAGACCUGGAACACCCUUGGUGAGGCGGCAAACUGUCGAUCUGGCAAGCACUAGCCCAACACCGGCAGCCAAGUACAUUGCAAAGAAGAAACUUGGGAAGAGAAUUCUCGCAAUGUACUCUGGGAUUUUAUGCGAGAAGGGCAAUCAGAACUCUAUUAAGAAAUUUGCUCGGACAGUCACUAAUAAGUGGCUGCUUUAUCUCCUUGCUGAGGACGAUGUAGAGAUAGUAGCGCAUGGUUGCAAGAUCCUCGCGAGGCUGUUGGUCGCUCACGGCUCUGGCUACACGGCGAAGUUUGCUGGUAAAUCGGGCGGAUUUACAAUCAUGGCUAGCUGCCUUAAAAGGUACUGGGAUGUCCAGACCCUUUGGCCUAUUUGCUUGAGCAUCUUUUUUGGCAUUGAUGUCGCCGAAAUUGAUUUCAGCCGCAAGUAUGACAUAUCCACUCUUACAGAUAUGUUCGGAAAGCGAAAGGUUGUUUUCCCUGACGCACUGCCAAUUAUUACUUCGAUGCUGCACCAUGGCUUCAAAGAAAUCGUCAGAUUUCAAGAGGACCCGGAUUCUCCUGUCACGAAGCUGUCCCCUGCUCUCCGCGAAGACCAAGUUGAUGUGGGGCUGGACUCUGCAAAGCGAGCAUAUUCGAUGGAUAUCGAUGAUGUUGCUCAGAGCAGAGCAAAAUUUCGACAAGAGGGUGAACGAGUCCUUGACCACAGCUUCGUUCUUGAAACCAUCAUCAAGUUCUUUGUGAAUCUCCACAAGGAUUCUUCCGAGUUUAGAGACUUUGCCCUCUCGUCUGAGUGGGUUCGCCUACAUUUAUCAGCCGUUUAUCCUGUGGUCGUCAGUGCGAACGCAGUGACGCCAGAGGUGGAACUCAAUUCGGGAAACUCGGCUCUGAACUUUGACGGAAGCGACGUUAUAAUACGGCCUCUGUUUGGUGGUUCUGCGCCAACACCCAUCGUACGGACAAGCAGCGUGAACCUGGCCCCCUCGCCUCAGUCCACACCACCCAAAGGAACCCCUCUGCGCAGGGCUUCGUCCUUUGUCCUACUCACAGCACAGCGAUCUCAACAGUCUCUGCCUGAUGAGCGACUAGCACUUCCCCCUCCGAGUACGCAGGGACAGAAACCUGGUGUGCUGCUAGACGGCCUACUGAGUCUUGUCACCAGAGUCUUCAUGGACCAAAUCGUAGCACGAAAAGAGUUUGCUGGAUUUGGGCUGUUCACGAAGGUGCCCCCUGGUUUUCAGGAACACCAUGCUUACUUUGAAUCCUUCAUUUUGCGCAAAAUGAUACAUGAAGUUACGAAAUAUAUACAGGCCAACCAAAAGACGAUUUGCGAACCCCGAUUUCUGACGAAUCUUGGCCGUUUUUGUGUUCACCUGUCAGAAGCGAUUUUUGAGGGUUGGUUUCUCAACGGGGCCGAGUCCAUGAUUGAUUUUAUCGGCAUGCUACUUGAGUUUUUCGAACGGCCCGAUGUUGCAUCCCUCAAGAGCGUCCGGCUUUGCCACCAAGCCUUGUCGUCAGUCAAAAGCUGCUUCCUGAGGAUAAUUCUUCUUAAGCUCUCUGACCUCGAUAGCACCAAAGUGACCGAACAGGAAGCCAAAAAGUUCAUUGAUAAAAUGGCGUAUUGGCAAAUGUCGAUCUUGAACUGCCUGACUACCGAGGACGAUUACCCAAAGCUCUUUUGGUACCAGUUGUACUCUAGGCUUGUUGAUGAUAAACGAUCAGUUCGAAUCGGAGCGACAAAUUUCAUGCGGGUCAUUCUCGUACAAAAGCCCGAGGAGUCUAAUGCGCUUAUUCGAUCCUGUAUGCUACCAGACCAGAAAAAGCUCACCGACGACUUUCAAAAACUUACGGAGAGGGAUGAUGAAACAUUUCUUCUCUGGGUUGACAGGAACCGUCUCUCCCUCGAUAUCCUCUUUCUGACAACGAUGGCAAGAGCAUGGGAGGACUUCGUAGGUGCCGAGAAUCAGAAGACGACCGAAACAGCCAAGUCAAGAGUAUCGAAACGGAAAGAUAAGCUCAAGCAAUGGCACCAGGAGAACCUCUCCAACGAUAAAAUUCUGUUCAAUCACGAAGUGGGCAAUGGUGCGUGGAUGAAGAGCAUCUAUAGUUCAGAACACUUCAAAUAUCAACGCCUAGCGCAGGAUCAGCAGGAUGAUUUGGCUUUUAUAAUCCCAGCGUGGAAGAAGAUGGAAAGAGAUCUGCGCCGACCUGGAGCUGUGUUCAGUGACCCAACGGCAACCGUAAGGUGGAAACUGGACCGGACGGAGGGUCGUAGCAGGAUGAGACUUCGACUGCUGCCUGAUUAUUCGACCAAUGAGGUCAAGUAUCAACCCAAAGGCCAGGGCUCCAACGUACCACAACUUCACGUCAACACGACUGUAAAUUCGCUUGAUGGACCGGGAUCUGAUCCAUCCUCGCCGAAGAAGAAGUCCUUGGCUGGGUUCACUGACCACGAUCCUGCAUCUACCACGGUGGACCAGGAACAGAACGAAUCGGGAAUCAACCAAGAAGAUGAUUUCGAACUCGUGGAUGAUCCGAAUGAACCAAUCGAGGGAGACGAUGGGUUUGAGGACAAGAAUCGCAAGGUCAUGAGGCGUUUAGAACACGGGGAUCAAGUUCAGGCCGCCUAUAACAUCUCUCGCAUUACUGGGCUCGAAGCUUGCGAGGGCAUUCUCAUUAUUGGAAAGGACGCACUUUAUAUCAUGGACAACGUGUUCCAAUGCGCGAAUGGCGACAUUGUCAAUGUUUGGCAAGCCCCCCCAGAAGAGCGAGACCCCUUCACCCAAGUGGUUACUGGUGCGAAGACGAUGGAGAAGCGUCAAAACGCUGGCAAUCGAGAGCAAGAGUCCAGGAAUUGGAAAUGGCAUGAUGUUAUCAGCAUCUCGAAGCGCCGAUUCCUUUUCCGUGAUGUGGCAAUCGAAGUAUUCUUCACCGACGGACGUAGUUAUUUGCUGACGCAAAUCAACCCCUCGGCCAGAGACGAGUUGUUCUUGAAGAUGCUGAACAAGGCACCGCAUACAAGUACCGUCAGCGCUCUGCCAAACCCCGAAGAUGCUUGGAGAUUGGAAAUGCUCAAAGUUGUGGACGAGCAGCCGCAAGGUCUUGGAUCUCGGCUGGGAACCCUCUUCAAUUCCACACCAUGGACUCCGAUUAUGAAGAGCUGGCAAAAGGGAGAAGUGUCCAACUUCCACUAUCUCAUGAUGGUCAACACCUUGGCGGGCAGAACAUUUAACGACCUCACUCAAUAUCCGGUAUUCCCAUGGAUCAUUGCGGAUUACACCAGCGAUGAGCUUGACCUGCAAAAUCCGGCAACCUUCCGUGAUCUAUCGAAGCCAAUGGGAGCACAGUCACAGGAGCGAGUCCAACAGUUCAUGGAGACGUACAGCGCGUUGCAAGGAAUCGACCAGGAGCCCUUCCACUAUGGGACCCAUUACUCCUCGGCCAUGAUCGUAUCGUCUUACUUAAUUCGCCUUCCGCCGUUUGUCCAGUCUUAUCUUAUGGUACAAGGUGGAAAUUUUGACCAUGCGGACCGGCUGUUCCAUUCCAUUGCCGAGGCCUGGGAUUCUGCUUCUCGAAGGAACAAGACUGAUGUACGAGAACUCACCCCGGAGUUCUUCUGCCUCCCCGAGUUCCUAACGAACAUGAACGACUAUGACUUUGGUCGUCGGCAAAGCAAUGACGUCAAGGUUGACGAUGUUAUUUUGCCACCCUGGGCCAAGGGCGAUCCCAAGAUCUUUAUCGCCAAGCAUCGGGAGGCCUUGGAGAGUCCUUAUGUCAGUGAGAAUCUUCAUCACUGGAUUGACCUCAUCUUUGGAUACAAGCAGCUGGGCGAAGCAGCAGUUGAGAACCUGAAUGUGUUCCAUCAUCUGUCGUACUCUGGAGCGAGCGAUCUCGAUCGAAUUACGGAUGUCAACGAACGAGCUAUCACUGCUGGUGUCAUCCAUAAUUUUGGGCAAACCCCUCAUCAAGUCUUUACCAAGUCACACCCAGCUCGAGAGACGGUCAGAUGCCCCAUCCGAAGACUUGACACAUCUGUGUUCUCUUUGCGAUGCCUUGCUAAUCCACUCUUUGAGAGCCGUGAACGAGUAGCAUCUUUGAUAUACUCUCCGAAGCUGGACCGAUUGCAUUUCGCUUCUCCAUUUCGAAUUAAUUUCCCACCAUGGGACAAGUUUCUCGAAUGGGGAUAUGCCGAUAACAGCAUUCGGUUUUUCCAUAACGAUAAUCGCAAGUUGGCCGGUCUUUUCGAGAACCUUCAUAUUGGGCAAAUCUCAUGUGCAACCUUUGCUGAUUCUAAAACACUGAUUACUGCCGGAGAGGAUUGCGUCAUAUCCGUCUUUGGGAUCAAGACUUCACCUGGCAAGCCCGUGGAGCUGAUACCGAAGUCAAGCCUGUUUGGCCACAAGACUCCCGUGACCACAAUCGCAGCAAGCAAAGAAUUUAGUACAUUCGUCACGGUCUCGACUGAUGGCCAGGCGCUGCUUUGGGAUCUGAACCAGCUUGCGUUCAUUCGGAAGCUGCCUUUGGUUCGACCGGUCGAGGAUGCCAAAAUCAACAACGUCACGGGAGAUAUUCUCUUGUGCUCAGGCCCGAACGUGCUGCUCUAUACGCUCAACGGGACCCUGAUCCUUGACAUGAAGGUUUGCUUAGAUCAAGAUGACUAUGUUCACAGCUGUGCCUUUUACGAAGGUGCGGCAAAUGAGUGGCUCGAGGAUCAGCUCAUUUUCACUGGCCAUCGAAAGGGACGGGUCAGCAUUUGGCGUAAGAGCCUCAUGGGUGGGAAAUGGGCUCUGGAGCUACUGAGGAGACUUGAGCACAUUGAUCGAAACAGCGAGAAGGGGGAUAACGUGGAAGCCGGAAUCACCUGUAUCAGCCCCAUGCCGACAUGUGUCUAUACAGGUGAUGAUGAUGGACGAGUGUAUGAGUGGAAUUUUGGUGGUAAAGAAAGAUAG